AUGUUCCCUCUCAGCCUCCUCCAGUCCUCGCACAGUCCUGUGUAUGUCUACCGCCAGCCCGAGCUCCCCCACUGGACCACCACACUCCUCAUCCUCCGCCAGCUGGAAGACGACAUGCUGAGCGUGAGCAGCGACAUGGAGAGGAGAAUGCAGCGCCCCCACCAGGCUCACCAGCUCCUGGCCAAUGACCCGGACAUCAGGAGGGGGAGGAUGGCACAGAGUGGACACCCUGCCACCCCCCAAAACAAAUCCCCUGCCGAGGGCAAAGACGGGAAGGAGAACUUUGAGCUUUCCCUGGACGUGAGUCCAUUUUCUCCAGAAGAACUGACAGUGAAGACAGAAGGAAGGAGACUGAUCGUGGCGGGAAAAUCCGACAAGAAAAGGGAGACAGAGAAUGGCGGCUUCUUCCAGGAAUACAAAGAGUGGCGCAGAGAAGCCGAGCUCCCGGAAGACGUGAAUCCCGAGGACGUGCUGUGCUCCAUGUCCAAGGAUGGGCGACUCCACUUCUGGGCACAUUGCCUGGCACUGCCCGCUGCCAAAGACAGAACCAUCACCAUCACCAUGGAGCAGAGUCCAGGAGAAGGUCAGGGGUCCAACCCAGAGAACCAGAACCACCGGGAACAGCAGGAACAAGACCACCCCAGAAUUCAUCCAGAGGGCAUGAUGGGAGUGAUGGAGAGCCAUCACCAUGGAGCAGAACCCAGGAGAAGGCCAGGAGGCCAACCUAGAGAACCAGAACCAGCGGGAUCAGCAGGAGCAAUACCACCCCAGAAUUCAGCCAGAGGGCAUGAUGGGAGUGAUGGAGAGCCAUCACCAUUAUAG